AGUCGCCGAACGGCGGUCGUCAUGCGCGCGCGUCGUUUCGCGCGAUUACUCCCCGCCACGAGAUGCGGCUGCCCGUACCGGCGCCCGCCCCGCUGCGCAAGUCGGACUCGGUCUCGGUGCGCGUUCCGGGCGAGCCGAGCCGACAGAACGUGUCCAGUGUGAACAUAGUGCAGGUGCAGGAUGCGCCUCCUAGUUGUAAUGUGAACAGUGCCGUGCAGACAGAUAGGGAGAGGAGUGUAGCGAGCGCCGAGUGUCAGACUGAGGAGCCGGCACGGCGGCGGCGUACGAGGCGUGCUCGGGCACCUCGCGUGCCGGAACUGCUCGAGAGUGUGCCGCCGCCGCCGUACAGCACGCUGCCGCACUCUGCUCUCCCGGGCCACCCGACGCAUACAGUACUUCCGGGUCAUCCGGCACACCCUGCUCAUCCAGUUCACCCGGCGCUACCGCUGCCAGUGCAUCCUCCUGCGCCCAUCAUUGCACCGCAUCCGUCCGCACCGCGGUACCCCUUUCAGCCGAUCCCACUCAGAUCGGGUAGAGGUGCGGCGUAUGCCUGUUCGGAGGGCGAAGGAAACGCACCAAAAUCGUGUUGUGGGCGCCCACCGCUGAGGCUGUGUGUACUGUUCCUGGGCGUUGUUGGCGCAUGUCUCGUGGCUGCGGGGGCUGUACUCGGGGCUCUCAGGCCGCACCCGAGGGCCCCUCUUACUUUACUUCUACUUAUGAUAGGUAUAGGGGUAGUGCUUGUGACAGCAGCCGUGGUAGCAUGGCGGCUGGGAGCUCGAGAUGCUCCAUGUGCAUUGCUAGGUCUCCGGAGAGCAUCAUGCCGUCGCCUUGUCCCGAGGUUACCACCGAGUUAUGCCCGACCACAUCACCCGUACGCAGCGAUGCUGUACCCAGAAUUCCACUACAGACCACCGCCGCCAACGUACCAAGCUUCUAUGCAAGAGUAUAGACUCAGGUUACUUCUCCUCGACAGAAGUGCGCCCGCGGUGUCUCCGCCUCCUACGUACAGGUCAAAUUCAGCUAGUCUAGUCAGAGGUUCUGGCGCUGCGUGGUGCGGCUCCGAGUACAGCGGUCCGCCUUCAUACCGCGCCCCCCGCAGUGACCCCCCCGUCACGGUCACGGAUUCGCUGCCGACGCUCACGCCACUCGACCUCAAAUACGCUGAUGACACGCUCGAAUCGCUUCCCAAGCCCACUGAACAGGAGAAAGACCCAGACGAACAUCUAGUGACCAUAGUUCACACUGAUGCCCAGCCCGUCAUCGUUACCGUAUCAGGAUCAACAGCACUCAAUGAAACGCAUAUGACCCACGUCGCGCCACCAUCAGAAAUUGACAUAUUGGCGCACUUAUAACGAAUUAAGCCUUCUAGUAUAAGUAUGAAGGCUUGUGAGUGAAAACACGAAUACCGUACCACAAUACGCGCGGUCUGUGGAAGUGAUUUGUAGUACUAAAAUAAUUAAUAUCUCGAAUUUUAGGAAAGGGAAUAUCAUAAGCUCAUCGUAUACAAUACGCCAAGAAAUUAAUUACAGUCUUUUGUUUAAACAUGAUUUGCAUGGAUACAAAAUUUACGUAACAAUCAGUCUUUUAAUUCUAACGAGAAAUAUAAUUUAGGCAUAAAAUAACUUUAACAUUCCCAGUUCUAGCUUAAAAUAAUAUUCCCUUUAUCUAAAAGUGUAAUCGUUUCAAGUAUGUACCUUAUUUUAUUAUUUAUAAGUUAUGUAAAUAAAGCACUGAGGUAUAUUUGUUUGAUUAGAUAUUAUUUUAACGAAUUAUGUGCCGUGUAUAUAAUAUACAAAUACGAUACAAAAUGUUAGCAAUAAUACGAGUGUAUGAAUAAUUAUUUUCAAGCCAAAUUUUUCACCGAAAAUGUACAAUGUACGAGUGAAGUUGUUUCAAAUAGUGCCAAUGGUUGUUUUAAUUUUCAUCUCUGUAUAUUAAAUUAAUCUGAUGGUAUAUUAAAGUUAAUUUGUCGAAUAUAAUGGUGUCAAUUCUGUUUAGCAUUAUUUAAAUCGGAUUGAAAAAAUAGAAUUUCAUUGUGGCUUUGUUUUAACGUCAUUCUGUAGUAGUAGUUCAAUCAUACUCCUGUAAACUACAAUAUUGUAAGUAAAUUUUAUUUAUCUUACUUAUUUCCAGAAUUGUAAAUGAAAUUUGAUUAAACUAAACCUAAAUUAAGUGUAGUUUUAGCAAUAGAAUUGCCACCAUUAUUUGACUUAUAAGAGAGCCUCGCCUUAAUUUUAAUUAUAAUUUUUUUGUUUAGCUAAUUUAUUGUCUGCCGGUUUUUUUUUCUAACUAUACUAAAACUACAUGCAUUAAUAAAGUAUGACAAAAUUACUUAUUCUAUUAUUCACAUCAAAUAUGUAAUUUAAGAAAAAUAAUAUGUUAUGUUUAGAAAACUUUGUACAUACCAAUUGAUGGGGCACAUUUUUAUUCUCCUCUUUUUCGGCAUAAAAUGACUUUUAUUUUUAAUCUUAUUUUUUUUAAAUCAAUUAAUAUAUCUCUAGCAUUCCUAUUUAAUCUGACGAUCCAGAAUAAUUACCUAUUGAUUCUUUAUCAUUUAAAAUAGAUGAAUAAAUUUGUACCAAGAAAUUUUUAGUUUUUGUAAUUUGGGUAUAUCAACUAAAUAUUAACAAAAAAUUGUCUGGACAUUUAAAAUGUAAUAAAAGUUAUUUUAUUUCGAAAGACAAUGCAAUACAGAAAAUUCUGAUUUAUUAUCUGUAUUGUUUAGUAUUUUGUAACAUAGUACUGUUAAUGUUAAUAAUUAUAUAAUAUUAUUGUAAUUAUAAUGAUGUACAUAACGUUAUUUGUAUUAUAAGAUAAUAAAGAACUUUAGUGAAACC